AUGGUUGAAUUCACAAUUUAUGGCAUUAGUGAGAAUGAAUCCUGCGCUGGCGCAUUUCUCCCUGGCGAUGUCACUGUGAAAAUUCUGUCAUGGCUUCCGGUGAAAGCACUUUUGCGAUUCAGGUGCGUUUGCAAGUCUUGGAAGUCUCUUUUGCUUGAUCUCUCUUUCGUGAAACUGCACCUUCAAAGAUCAUACUGCAGAGACACCCCCGUCCUAUUCACGUUAUUAAACUCCAACUCCAAGGAAGAACAAUGCUCCCUACACUACUACUGCUCCAUGCAACGUUUACUCGAUAACCCAUUAUCCGCCAUUGAUGACGGUGACCUCCCAUUCAAUCAGAAGCCAUGCCGAUUUUGGAACCCGGCCACAAGGCUAAGGUCCAAAAAAUCACCAUGCAUUAUGUGCUAUAUUCAUACGUUGAUUGGCUUUGGCUACAAUGAUUCAAGCGACACUUACAAGGUGGUGGCCGUGGUUAAGAAAUCACGGGCAAUUACGGAAUUGAGAGUUUGCUGUUUGGGUGAUAAUUGUUGGAGAAAGAUUGCAACUUGGACUGAUUUUCUCCGUGCAAUUCAUACUAAGGGGCUGUUUAUGAGUAACACUCUUAACUGGGUAGGAAGACUUUACACUACCCAUCAGAAUGCAAUCUUUUCCUUUGAUAUAAGGAAAGAGACAUACAGAUAUUUGUCACUGCCUGUUGAUGUUGAUGUCCUGUCUGAUGACACAGUGAUUGGAGUUUUAGGAGGUUGUCUGUGUCUUUCUCAUGAUUACAAGAGAACUCGUCUCGCUAUUUGGCAAAUGAAGGAAUUUGGAGUUGAGAAAUCUAGGACUCCGUUGAAGAAGGUUAGUUAUGAGCAUCUUCAAAUUUCUACAUCUUCGUCUUGGAUGGCCAUGCAUGCAAAUAGCGAUGUCAGGUUGGUGGCAAGCAAAUCAGAGUUUGGACUUGUUCUGUAUAACCGGAGAGAGAAUAGAGUAAAGCCUAAUGGGAUGUUCUCCAAAACAGUUAUUUUGGAGUCCACUCAAUACGUUGAAAGCUUGGUUUUGCCUUAUCGAAUUUGA